CCUGGAAUGGCAUCAACUGGCGGCAACCCCCACGGAUUUCCACAGAACAUUUCGCAGCGAGGAUGAGCAAUUGUACGCUCUUUCCCUAGAUAGCGAUAGGAGCCGCAAUGCUGUGAUCUUGGACAAGUGGGAAUGGCGAUUGCAAGCGUAAAUGUGGCUUCAACAGGAAUGCCACAAGAAAGUCCGUCAAAUCUCUGGACAGCCUUGCGCCAGGCUGUGUGCUCAUGCAUAUGCCACGGCUUGCCUGCCACAUGCAGUCCUCAGGCUACUCACUUCAGCCUUCGGCGCCCAUUUACACCGGGGAUGUAUUUAGUCCCUUCCCGUCCGUUCAGAUUCACAGCCUCGUCAACCCAGUUCCUGCGUUCCGUUCAUCAAUUGAGGAGGCACAAUGGAUCCUUCCACCAAUCCAUAUCUCUCACGUGGAGGGGCUUCGCAAAGCCAUUCGAACUUCGGCCAGCACUCUCCGUACAUGGCGUAUCCAGGGCCAGGUCGAGCCUCACAGGCCGAAUCCGAGCCGAAACCGCCAUUCUCAAAGGCACCCGACAUAGAGCCCCCUCCUAUUCCGCCGUUCGCAAAAUUGCCUGCUUCAUCUCCUGACCCUGGCUCGCGCGGGACUGCAUCCCAGAAUCGUUCAACGUUCCGAGAGCCUCCUGGAGCGUAUGCCAGCUCAGGCAGAGAUUCGCAAGCUGGCCGCAACCCAGGACCGCCAUUCUCAAAAGUCCCGGAUCGUACUCAGCCGCCCGUUCCAUUACCGAAUCUGAAUGGCUUCGCAAGCGACAGUAAUGAUGAGGCGCGAAACGCCGCACCACCUUUAUCUAUGGGUGGGAUAGAACGUGCUCUACCAACGGAGACGGAGAGUCUUCCAGAUGGCAACAGUAGUAGUCUCUCUGACGAUUACACCACAGCCAACGGGGGAACAGAGCGUCAUGGCGAUGCGAAGGAGCGAUUCAAAAAAGGUCUUGAAGUGAUGUCGUACAUCAAGGAGAAGAGCUCUUACGCCGAGGAUGCUUCCCAAAUUAUUACACGACUACAGAUGGCGGCGGAUCGCCGACUGAAGAGGAGCUAUGUCAGCGGAAGGCCUACACGAGACUACUACGAAAGCGCACCUGUGAUUAAGGUCGGAAUGGUCUUCUUGCCAGGGGUCGACCGGCCUACCGUCACACAGCUGGAACAAGAAAUGUUGAUGGCGGACUACAAGCCUGAUCAACUAAGUGCUGUCUGGAGGGUCAAUACCGCUGGACAUUUACUGUUCGACUUUGAAGUAACGAAGGACCUCAGGGUCAUUGCCAAGGAUCUGACACCAGAAGUCUUAGAGCACUCCAGACGCCGAGAGGAGCGCUCGCUGCCUUCAUUCUUCCCCGGGCAGAGGACUGAGGCACUCAUCGUGGCGGGAAGGGAGCGGCUACCAACUGUCAACAUUGACAGUGAGCACGUCACUCUCGUCCAUGACCUCCGAUGUUACGCCGGGCAGUUUGAUAUUGAGAGUACCCUAGUCGAGGUGGACUAUUCGUCCAUGGCUAGUCUUCUUGUGAACUUCCAACUCAUCAUCCAGAGCAGAAAUGCAGCACAAGAUCUGGAUGAGACGAGGAACCUUCUUGAAGCGAUGAUGGAAGACGUUAGAAGACUAUGCAAUCGGAGCGCAAUCCUGUUCCGAAUGGCGACCCGAACGAAGAUCAUCACGUCCAAAGACAUCCGCUAUGGUGUCAAUAACGGGAGAGAGUUCACUACGCUUACGACGAGCAAGGGAAUUCGCAAGAUCAUCAGCUUGUCUUCGGCAUACUACACAUCGCUAGAUCCAGCCGAUAAAGUUCAGCAGCUUUUGAAGCCCAGGUUCCUCCAAAUGCUAGUCCUACUACUAUCGUUCCUGAACGAUGACGACCUUCACAACAUCCAAGAGUUCUUGGAACGGACAUUCCACUUCAACGCGGAUCGUAAGAACCUAGAAUUACUGCUGCUGAAGUGCCGGCUUUCGAAGGCUGGUCACCAAGAAAGCCAGAGAAACAAGAUCAUGCAUUCUAUUGGGAGACUUUUGUUAGUCGCAUUGCAGCGCAUGGUUACGUCCUCCCAGGUACCAUCGAUAACCUCUGCCGAGCACAGAAGUCUUGGAUUGUACAGUGGCCAGAAAAAGGUUUCAAAGACUCUCUCGCCUUCCGCAAUCUUCAGUAUAGCGCGGAAGACGGGAUGCGCACCUUCAACGAGAUUCCUCCAAUCGAGCGAGACUACGAUCGUCAUAGCGAUAACACCCUGCUGAAUGCCAUCUUGACGAACGACAGGCAGUACAUGAUUCGGGUUGCGGAUUACGAAGCCAUCAUAUGUCUUACUAGAGGCGUCUACAGCAUCCAAGAAUCCGACAUCAACGGCCAACGUUACGACUUAAUCAUCGAAGAGGGUCCGUUGAACCAAGCUACCUACAACGGUGUCGAUCGGCUCAAUGAGGUAAUCAAGCUUGUAAAUCAUUGGCUCACCGGAUUCCGCAGCUCUUCCCUUCGACGCCG